GAGCGGGGAACCAUCGGAUAAAAACCCAACCCCCGACCCUCGUUAGAAAUUCAUCUUCGUAUCCGGAAAGAUCUAGUAAAUUCACUCACAACUCUUUCAUCUACUCAUCUAUCCAAUCCACCACUAUAUCUCCAGGAUUGAACAAAUACCGUUCAUUAUCAGACGCUCCAUUAUUCCUGACCGUUCAUUACCUGAUGCAAACAAAACAAACGGUUGAUUCUAAAAUUUGAACAAAAGGAGCUGGUUAUCUUCUUGCUUGGUGGGGUACUCGGAGACUGAGACUGUGACUAAGAAGCUUAAAGCUUUGAAUUUUUACUUUUUAUUUUUUAGUUUGUGGGCUUUAUCUCUCUGCAACUUUAAUGGCGACUGAAGAGGUUAAUAAACCUCCAUCACUCACUCCUUACCCCGAGAUGAUCAUAAGAGCCAUUGAGUCCUUGAACGACCCAAAUGGCUCAAACAAAUCGUCAAUUUCGAAAUACAUCGAAUCAACGUAUGGUGAUGUGCCAGCGGGCCACUCUGCCUUGCUCUCUCACCACCUCACCAGAAUGAGAGACACCGGAGAACUUGUUUUCUGGAAGAACAACUACUCAAAGGCCGAUCCAAACGCGCCACCCAGGCGUGGCCGUGGUAGGCCGCCUAAGCGUAAGUAUCCUCUGUCUCCGGACACCAUAUUGGGCCCGGUCAGGCCUAGAGGCCGUCCUCCUAAGGACCAAAAUGCGCCCCCCAAGUCUCCCAAGGUCAAGGUUUCAUCAGCCAGUGACAAGCCCAGGGGCCGGCCUAGAAAAAUGGUUAAGCCCACUGGAGGUUUGGGCGGGUCAGGGGCCGCGACGGUGACGGCUACAUCGACAGGCAGACCGCCGAAGGUGAAGACUCAGUUGACUGAAGUGAGUGUUCAGCAAUAAGAAUAUCUCUCACACUUAUUAGUGUUGACUAUUGUUACUUUCUCAUUCUCUCUCUCUCUCUCAUUGAAGAAUUUGGGGUCGUAUCUGUCUGCUGUCGUUGACUAUGGAUAUGUACAACGUUGAUGUGGUAGUUGUUUGAGGCUUUUGUUUUGAAUUCUGAUGAUGAUGAAAAGAUAUGGCUGCUGAUAUGAAUUUUAGUUUCUACUUUCCAAUUUGUUGUGUUUCUUACAACUAUUUUGGUCACAUACUCAAACAUACGUGUUUCUCUAGUUGUUUUUAUGAUUAUUGAGCUUUCUAUUUGAAUUUUAA